AUGUACGAACAUGCAUCAGGCACUAGUAGUACGCGAGCUCCCCAGCCGGGUGAAGAGUCAGUCCGGCUUUCACCAAACAAGGAGGCCGGGCUUGCUUUCUGGAUCUCUUCGUCACCACAGCCAGCUACUUUUCGACCUGAGCGGCAUGGCUCUGAACGGCAACUGGAGGCUGUAGCAGUAUGGCUAGCUGCUAGCUGCCGAGAAAAGGCCACGCGUGGCAUCCAGCCCCCAAAGUUCUUCCGGAUUGCCCAAAUCAACCCGCCUAUCAUCCAUUCUCCAAAAUGCCUCCGUUCUGCAGGGCAACUCAUCCUUGCCGCCACGCGCUACAAUGUACCUCACCAUGUGCUUACCUUCUAUGGACUGCGAAGGCUGGCCUUCCUCCGGCUUUCAGCAGUUUUUCUUCUGCUUAUUAGUGGUUUGCUCUGCCAUGUUUCCUCGUGGGACACCAAGUUCAUGCCGUGGCACCACGAUACGCAAACAUACUUCGGAUUGCUAGUCUAUCGCAGCACCACUCGUUCCUGGACAUCUACGCUCUAG